AUGUUGGUCAUGUACGUGCCGGACAGAUUCGUGCUGAAGUCCUCUAAUGUUCAGGACCGGAUGGGACUUUGGACCACUGAGCAACAGACCAAGGAUGAGAAGUUUGGUCCUUUUGCAGGGGAGAAGCGAAUGCUGUGUGAUUUGGAUGAAAGCAUGGAUCCACGGCUCAUGUGGGAGGUGCGAGGGAAUAAAGGUGACCUGCUGUACAUUCUGGAUGCGAGUAACCCUCGUCAUGCUAACUGGCUCCGCUUCAUCCAUCAGUCCCCCUCACAAGAUGAGAAGAACCUGGCUGCCAUUCAGGAUGGAGAGAACAUCUAUUUGGCUGUGGAUGACAUUGAGACAGAUACAGAGCUUCUGAUUGGCUAUCUGGACAGUGACAUGGAAGAAGAGGACGAUGAGGAAGAUGAGAACAUCACAGAUGAAAAUGAGAACAAUAAAGAUGCCAAAUACCUCAGCACAGAAACAGGUGUUUAUGUGUGUAAGGAAGAUUAUCAAUGUCUGCUGUGUGAGAGCAGUUUCCCAAGUGAAGAUGUGUUAGCUGAACAUCUACAGAGUCUUCAUCACAGAGGAAGUGCUGAAGACAAAGAGUUUAAAUGCCGUUCAUGUGGAAAAGAGUUUCCUGUCAAACAGGCCCUGCAGCGCCAUUUUGAGCAACAUAAAGAGGCAUGUAAAGGAGAUGGUCGGUUCAUUUGUAAGGCUGAGAGCUGUGGCAAACGAUUCAAGAAUAAAGACGUCCUGAAGAAACACAAAGGCAACAUCCACACAGGGAGUGCUCGCAGGAAGUUGAUAUGCACCAUCUGUAAUAAGAAGUGCUCAUCCUCGAUCAACCUGCAGGAGCAUCGCAAGGUUCAUGAGAUAUUUGACUGUACUGCCUGUGAUAAAAAGUUCAUCUCUACGAAUCAACUGAAGCGACACAUGACCACACACUCUGAAAAGCAUCCAUUCACCUGCGAUAUCUGCAGCCGAAGUUUCUAGCGUCUGGAUCAAGCCACGGCCCAUAUGAUGGAUAAGAUCAUCCACAGUGAAGACAAACCGUACAAGUGUAAGCUGUGCUGGAAAGAGUUCGCCCAUCGCAACGUCUACAAGAACCAUAAGAAGACUCAUUCUGAGGAGAGGCCGUUUCAGUGUGAGGAGUGUAAAGCCCUGUUCCGUACCCCGUUCUCCUUACAGCGCCAUCUCCUCAUACAUAACAGUGAGAGAACGUUUAAGUGUGACCAAUGUGACGCCACCUUUAAGCGUAAGGACACACUCAAUGUGCACAUUCAGGUGGUGCAUGAAGGACACAAGAAGUACAAGUGUGACCUGUGCGAGAAGGCUUUUGUCACACCCUCUGUACUCAAGAGCCACAAGAAGACCCAUACAGGAGAGAAGGAAAAGAUCUGCCCAUACUGUGGUCAGAAGUUUGCCAGUAAUGGGACUCUGAGAGUGCACAUCCGCAGCCACACAGGUGAGCGGCCAUAUCAGUGUCCAUACUGUGACAAGGCCUUCAUCAAGAACGAUGGCCUUAAAAUGCAUAUACGUACACAUACUCGGGUGUGCGACCUAUCGUUCAGUCUGAAGAUGAUGUUGAUCAGACACAAGCUGACCCAUAACCCAAACAGACCCAUGGCUGAAUGCUCGUUGUGCCACAAGAAAUUCACCCGUAAUGACUACCUCAAAGUCCAUAUGGAGAACGUGCACGGAGAGAUGGAGGGAUAGACACAUACAGACCCAUACAUAUUUACAUAGACACACACUUUCAAAUCAUAUCUAAAACAGUUCUUCAAAGGAUGCAUAAAUAAAGAGUAUAUACAGCACACACUUUCACAAGCACAUUGAUGCACUUUCACAAGUACUGUAUGAUCAAUGCACACACUGUAAUCGGUGUGUAUAGACAUUACAAAGAUCUGUUUACAUCUUUGUAUGUACGGAAAGCAUGACAAUGUACAAUUGUAUAUCACCAUUUUUAAGAGAUAUUAUGUGAUAAAAGACCAUGUUUUGCCAAUUUUCUACAACCCUGUUUGUUGUUUUUUAUAACUAUAUAAUUCAAUAUUUAUCAUGUUAUAUUAAGAGUUUUUCUUCAGGUUCACGUGAGGUUUUUGUUUGAUUGUAAGAUUAACAUGUUGU